ACUCAAGGCUGUUUUGAGCAAAUACCUUGUGAGAGAAUUAAAGUGGGGUUGCAAUAUUCAUCUGCCACUAAACCGCUAAAGGGUUUCCUUUGAAAGUGGCUUUAAAACUAGAAGCGCAUUGAAAAGGUUACAUCUUGGGUAUGGUAUUCAAUAUUUCAUGAUUUCAAUCAACCACUUGGAAGGUGCCUAUAUAGAUAGAACCAACCCUGCAUAAUUGCAUCCCUUUUCCAUCGACUCUAAACAGUUCUGAACUUGUUUCAAACUAUCAUCUGUUUUGCAGUUUGCUGGUUGGCUGAGCAAUAUCUUAUGAAUUUAAACUCCAGUUGGCAUACUUAACUAAGAGAUUAAGUUUAAGUCAACAGAUCUCAAAACAAUAAUACUUAAUAUUUUACUUGGAAGGUGCCUAAAAAGCAAUAUCUUUAUUCUCUUUGACUAACGCAUGAACUCUUCUAAUGGAUUAAAACUGUAUUAUAGAUUAUAUUAUAUUAUUGUUCAUGUUGGCAAAGUCUCUCUCUCCCCCUCCAUCUCUAUCUCUAUCUCUGUGAUGAAAAUUGGCAUCCCAGAGCCCAAAAAUUGUGCUUAAAAGUUUCGAAAACUUUCGAAGUAAUAGAUGUAUUAUGUUGAAGACAUAUUAAUUGCAGUAGUAACUGUACAUGUCCUUUCCUCAUCCUCAAAUUGGCCUUUAGCAGUGUUGUAUAUAUGUCGUCAACACCCUCUUCUUCUUCUACUCCUCCUCGUCAAUGGAAGUAUGAUGUUUUUCUUAGUUUCAGAGGAGAAGACACCCGCUUGAAUUUUGUGGACCAUCUGUAUGCUGCAUUAGGUCAGAAAGGAAUUGUCACCUUUAGAGAUGACAAAAGUCUUGAGAGAGGAAAAUCCAUUUCGUCAGAACUUCUUAAAGCAAUUGAGGAGUCAAAAUUUGCUCUUGUCAUUCUUUCACCAAACUAUGCUUCUUCUUCAUGGUGCUUAGACGAGCUUUUGAAGAUUAUUCAAUGCAGAGAAGAAAUGGGGCAACAAGUCAUGCCAGUGUUCUACCAAGUAGAUCCAUCUCAUGUGCGUAAGAACAAGGGAUAUUUUUUGCAGGCCUUUACAGAACACGAAGAAGUUCAUUGGGAGAACAGGGAUAAAGUAAGGAAGUGGAGGGCUGCUUUGACAGGCGUGGCCAAUCUUUCUGGGUGGGAUUUGAGGAACAUGCAUGAGGCAAAAGCUAUCAAGAGUAUUGUUAAAGAUAUACUAAAUAAAUCACAGUAUUCAUCUACAAGCGUUUACAAGGGCAUGGUAGGAAUGGAUGUCCGUGUUGAUGAUUUACUGAGAAAUCAUAUUCGUCCACAUUUUGAUGACGUGCGCAUGAUAGGGAUCCAUGGAAUGCGGGGAAUAGGUAAGACGGCAAUUGCCCGAGCUCUUUAUGAUCAACUUCGUCAAGAUUUUGACAGUAGCUGCGAGCCUUCCAAUGUUAGAGAAAGAAAUGUCAAAAAAGAUGGUCUAGUUUCUCUUCAAGAAAAACUUCUUUCCAGAGUCUUGAGGGCAACAAUUAGGAACAUAGAGGAUGAAUAUGCUGGAGCGAAUAUGAUACAAAGACGAUUAGGUAAAUUAAGGGUGCUGGUUGUUAUUGAUGAUGUGGAUCAAGUGGCACAAUUAGAAUGUUUGGCUGGAAAUCAUGACUGGUUCGGUCCGGGAAGUAGAAUUAUCAUAACCAGUGCUGAUGUUCAUUUGUUGAAUUGUGUGGAUACUCUAUACGAGGCUGCUGUGUUAACCCAUGAUGAAGCUCUUCAACUUUUGAGUUUAAAGGCUUUUAAGAAAAACCCCCCGCCUGAAGUUUACUUGGAGCUAUGCAACAAUAUUUUAGGGUAUGCUCAUGGGCUUCCAUUAGUUCUUGUGGUUAUAGGUCCAUUUCUAUGUGGUAGAUCGAUCAAUGAAUGGAAGAGUGCAAUCGAUAGGCUCAGGAAUAAACCAGAAACUAGCAUCGUUGAUGUGCUUCAGAUAAGUUUUGAUGGGCUAAGGGAAACAGAAAAAGAAAUUUUCCUACAUGUCGCUUGCUUUUAUGUGGGGAAGGAUAGGGAUCGUGUAUCAGAAAUACUAGAUUAUUGUCAGCUUUACCCUGACAUUGGUUUAAGUGUUCUUGCUGAUAAAUCUCUCAUUACUAUUUCCAACAACAAACUAUCCAUGCAUGCUUUGCUACAAGAAAUGGGCUGGGAGAUAGUUCGUAGGGAGUCGCCUAAACCAGGCAGGCGUACUAGAUUAUGGUCUCAUGAAGACAUCCACAAUGUGCUGAAAAAAAAUAAGGGAACAGAAGCAGUUCAAGGCAUGGUAAUGGACUUGCCUAAAUUAGAAGUGGCUAAUUGGAACCCCGAAGCAUUCUCAAAGUUGUCUGAGCUUAACUUUCUCCAAAUCCGUAAUGUCGACCUUCCCAAUGGCCUCACUUGCCUCUCUAAUUCCUUGAGACUCCUCGAAUGGAGUGAGUAUCCCUUAAGAUCUCUGCCACAAAAUUUCGAAGCAGAUGAACUUAUUGAACUUAAUUUGUGCCACAGCAAAAUUGAACAUCUUUGGGAGGGAACAAAGUGUUUUGACAAGUUGAAGUUCAUCAAACUCUGCCAUUCUCAGAACAUUGUCCAGACCCCAGACCUCACAGGCGCUUGCAGUCUUGAGUGUCUAGAUCUUGAAGGGUGUAAAAACUUGGUAAAAAUUCAUCAAUCCCAUCAAUCCGUUGGAGUUCUCAAAAAGCUUAUUGUCUUGAAUCUUAAAAACUGUGAGAGUCUGCAGAGUCUACCAGAUAGAAUUGAAAUGGAGUCUCUUAAAACUCUUAUUCUUUCUGGGUGUUCCAAUAUCAAGAAGAUUCCUGAGUUUAGCAGAAAUAUGGAGUGUUUGUCAGAGCUGUGUCUUGAUAGGACUGCCAUUGAAAAACUGCCCGACUCAAUCCAGUACCUAUGUGGCCUGUCUUUCUUGGAUCUAAGCAACUGCAAGAAUCUUUUUUGUCUCCCAAGCACCAUUAAUAGAUUGACAAGUCUUAAAAAUAUUAAUCUUUCAGGAUGCCAGAAGCUCAGGGGACCGGAUAAAAGUGUGUGGGAGUUGGAUUUUUUGCCGGCAAAUGUUGCAAGUAUAACUCCUGUAACAGAAUUACCAUCAUCGGUCUUCAGCAUUUCAGAUCAUGUUAAAGAUUCAAGUUCUCAUGGAUAUGAAGUCAUUCAAGAAUCAUUGUUCGAGUUUUUGCCUUCUGGAUUGAUGCAAAUGGCGUAUGAAGAGCCCACGAGUUUCCGGUUGUCUUUAUCUGGUCUGGGUAAUUUAACAGAUCUGAACAUAAGUGACUGCAAUCUUGAUGACAGAGCAUUUGUCAACAACUUUGGCUGGUUGCCCUGUUUAGUGGCAUUAAAUCUGAGUGGAAAUGAUUUUAUUAAGCUUCCUCCAACCAUCAGACGGCUUAAUAAGCUUGAGAACGUUAACUUGGAGAACUGCAAAAGACUUGAAGACUUGUCAAAUCUUCCAUCAAAUAGUAAGUUGGAUGUAAGAGCUGAUGGUUGCUCUUCAUUGAGAAUUUUGUUUGACAUAACUAAUUACAACAGACUGGAGGAAUCAUAUUUCAGUUUCAUCAACUGCUUUAAGCUAAACGAAGACCGAGGCCACAGUAAUAUAGCAUUUGAAAUGCUGAAGAUAGUCCUUCAUCAGGCUAUCUCCACCACAAAGGAAACAUUUCAAAUUGUAUUUCCUGGAAGUGAAAUUCCUCGGUGGUUCAAACAUCAAAGCCGUAAGGAUUCAUUGGGCGUAUGCAUACUACCUCCACGUCCAUAUUCCAGUAGGUUUAUGGGAUUUGCCUUGUGUGCUGUUUUUGUAAUCAAUGAUGAGCGCCAUCAGGUUGAUGAACUUGAGAUCCAUCACUUCAAGACUUUUAAAGCUACGCAUAAUCUAGUCUGUUACCUGAAACUUAAUGGAAAAGAAUUAGAAGUAUGUGGCAGACAGCCGGCCUUUCGGUUUAGUGAAGAAUUUUGCCAGGUUGAGUCUGAUCACCGUUGGGUAUUCUACGUAUCCUCGGAUAAAUACUUCGGUAUUGAAGAGCAUGACAGAUGCUCUCAGAUUGAACUGUUAUUUGAAGCCAGAGGGCCAGGUUUGAAGGUGAAGGCGUGCGGGCUCCGUUUGAUAUUUGAACAAGAUGUGCACGAGUUGAUGAAGGGAUGUAGACACACACAAGCUUACGGACGGCACGGAUACGUACGGAGAUAUGAAUGUGAUUGUUGGGUGGAUGGCUAUUUAUAUUCUAUAUAGCUUAGAAUUGUACUCUCCACUGAUAGUAUAAUUAUGGUGCUUGAAAUGAUAGGGAAAUGAAUUGUAUUCAGAAAAUUCAGAAUGAUUUCCUGUCCAUCUUUUUGUUUAUUACUUGAUUUUUGAGAUUUGAAUAAAAGUUGCUGUGUGUCCGGAACAGGACUUUUUGUUCA